AUGAAAUCUAGUCAGAAAGUCCAAGCUCUUCACACCUGUAGCCAUAUCUUUUGCGGUAUGAAAUUGGAACAUCUUCAGCUUUCAGAGGCCCAGUAUCAACUGGUUCUUCCACUCUUGAAGGGUCUGACGACUCUACAUAUGUGCAUUCGCCUUAGGGAUCACGAACAAGAAUUUUUCGAUGAAGGCACCUUCAAUCGUCUCCUCAAAAUUCUGGUCACAGUUUCACCGACACUGAAGACCCUGACUUUUACCCAAUGGAGUCCCAUAGAAGAAUUGUCUCCCCUCUACUUCAAGGAUUUCGCUCAGAGAGUUCAAUUUUCCCAGCUAGAGGAACUUAAUUUUCAUUCAAUCGAGGUGACAGUGGAUAGCCUCGAAGAGUUUAUGCGGACAGCAGCCCCAACCUUGAAGCGACUGAGUAUCAGGUUGGUCAGUCUGGUUGAUGGGAUAACAUCUGCACCAGAUCUAGGACCCCUAACGGAAAACAGUCAAAGUUGGGUCUCUUCAUUGUCCACUGAAGUCAAGACUGAGAUGCAGGGGCUCUGGCGGCGUGUUUUUAAACUUUUGGCAGAUCAUCUCAAGUUGCGAUACAUCGAAAUGUCCGAGCUUGGGUAUCGAGGAAGGUUGAUCAUGUUGAAAGAUCCCUUGUAUAUGGAACGCGGGCAGCCGGGCGCAAAGCCUUCUCCUGGCCUGAACCCCUCAGAUUUCUAUUUCGAUUCUGAGGGGGCAAGUGUACUUUUCAAGGAAUGGGUCACGCAGCUUCAGAUAGAGAUGGGGCAUCGGACGGCCUUUGGAGGCCCCAAGCUCCCAGGUACCAGCAACGUGCGCCAAUGGCUAUAUGAGGCGUAA